GUUGGUUCUAAACGAUAAAUGAAGACGCAAGAGAAAUGAAAAUGGGAUUGACGGGUUAGCUAAAUCAGGGACAAACACUUGAAGGACACACAUUUGGAUAAUCUUUAGAAGCCAUUGUGUUGAAGACACUCUGACCCUUCAUCUGACACAGAUACAGAGUUUUAUAUUUUACAUUUUACGAACUGACCCACAGCUUCUGAGUAAACCCGAUCAUCAAACACAAUGGGAGACUGGAGUUUUCUCUCCACGUUACUGGAUAAGGUGCAGGUCCACUCUACUGUCAUUGGUAAGAUCUGGAUGAGUGUCCUCUUCAUCUUCAGGAUCCUUGUUCUGGGCGCAGGAGUCGAGAAUGUAUGGGGAGACGAGCAAUCCGAUUUAGUUUGCAACACAUUCACACCGGGUUGUGAAAACGUCUGCUAUGACUGGAAGUUCCCCAUCUCCCAUGUCCGCUUUUGGGUCCUGCAGAUCAUCUUUGUGUCCACUCCAACCCUGCUGUAUCUUGGCCACGCCAUCCACACCAUCCACCAGGAGAACAAGCUGAGAGAAAAGCUCAAACGCAAUCAGUCAGUCAUGACACCAAAAUACACAGAUGAAAAUGGAAAAGUCCAAAUCAAGGGCAGGUUGUUGUGUAGCUACUUGACUCAGCUGUUUUUCAAAAUAGUCCUGGAAGUUGCUUUCAUCGUUGGACAGUAUUACCUGUACGGCUUUGUAAUGAUAGCUGAAUUCCAAUGUGAAAUGUCCCCUUGCCCAUAUGUCACACAGUGCUUCAUGUCCAGACCCACAGAGAAGACCAUCUUUAAUAUCUUCAUGUUUGCGGUUGCAUGUGUUUCCCUGGCACUGAAUGUGCUAGAAGUGUGCUAUUUGCUUUGCUGUAGAGUAAGAAGACGGCCAAAAUAUAAAGGAGAGGAGCUCUACAAUACGAAAGCCAGUAGUCCAUUGCCAUUAGGUGCAAUAAGCCGAGAAACUGCAGAGAGCAUUAAGCAGAAUGGUAUGAAUGGAGUCAUAGAGAAGCGUUGGGCAAACAGGAGCCAUAGCGCUGCUGAAGAAAUGCAACUGUAAAACUACAGAACUACACUAACAAAUGUUGUGUUAAAAAUAACUCAAUUUGGGUCAACUUGACAUACUGGGUUGUUUUGGUUUUGAACCCAACUUGUCAGUAAAAAUGACAUGCAGUCACAAAAUCCACCAAAUAUAGUACAGUGCAAAAGUCUUAGGCACACGUAAAGAAAUGCUGUAGACCAAUAAUGGCCAAAAAAUAAUGAAAUGAAAUGUUUCAACAUGAAAAAAAUUAGUAUGAACAGCAGUACAUUAUAAUAAAUCAAUAUAACAAAGUCAGUAUUUGGUGUGAGACAACCCUUUUGCUUUAAGAAAAAAAAGUAGUCUCAGAUACAAUGAAUGCAGUUUUAUAAGGAAAUGAGCUGUAGGUUUUACUGAGCAUCUUGCAGAACCAGCCACAGUUCUUCUGGACACUUUGUCACACUUGCUUCUUAAUUUUGCACCAAAUACCAGUAGCUUUCAUUAUGUUUUCUUUUUUAAUCUGAAAAGUGAAAUAUGCUGCUCAGACACAAGUUUUUUUUCUGUUACAUUUGAUUUUGUGUGGGAAAACGAAUGGUGGGAACUCUCAAAUGUUUUUGUACUGACUUGAUAACGGAGAAGCCUCAUCUCAUCUCAUUAUCUCAUAUCAUUAUCUCUAGCCGCUUUAUCCUGUUGUACAGGGUCGCAGGGAAGAUCCCAGCCGACUACGGGCGAAAGGUGGGGUACACCCUGGACAAGUUGCCAGGUCAUCACAGGGCUGACACACAGACACAGACAACCAUUCACACUCACAUUCACACCUACGAUCAAUUUAGAGUAACCAGUUAACCUAAUCUGCAUGUCUUUGGACUGUGGGGGAAACCGGAGCACCCGGAGGAAACCCACGUGGACACGGGGAGAACAUGCAAACUCCGCACAGAAAGGCCCCUGGCGGCCACGGGGCUCGAACCCGGACCUUCUUGCUGUGGGGUGACAGCGCUAACCACUACACCACCGUGCCACCAACGUAGAAGUCAUAAAAUAGAAAUCUAUAACAAAGUUUGAUGGGAAAAAAUAGGGGGCUAAAACUUUUGCACAGUACUGUAUAUGAAUACAGUGUGUUUAAAUUUUUGUAAGUACUAACAAAGCUUCAAGCAGCACUUUUUUCUAUGCAAAAACACACUAUUAAAGCAUUCUAACUUGACUAAAACAUGUUAAACAUACAAAAUUAUAAGUUAACAUCAAUUUCUUGCAGUUGCACACAAUUUCUUUCACUUGAGACUUUUUUCUGGUUGCCACUCUGUUCCAGCAGUGGAAAAUUUCACAUAAUGAAUCUUGCAACUAUUGCUAUUCCCUUUCUGAUCUAUAGUACAUCCCCAAUUCUCCAAGAAGUUAAACCCAGCAACUUGUAUGUAAAAAAUGACCCAUCAUUUAUUUAGAGUGUAACAAAAAUGUAUGAAUAUUUAACAGUUAUUCUAUGAAAUUGAGUCGUACAUGAGCUGAUAGCCGACGAGGCGUGUAGCACCAAGUUGUCGAUAAGCCAUGUAUGAUGAGACUGACUGGAAUAACUGUUUUAUUCUAUCCACAUUCACUGGAUUUUGAGAAACAGAGCAUUUUUAUUUUUUGCAAAUUUGAUAAAUAAAACCUUCAUACAAAAUGUCUGACAAAAUAAUUCGCGCUUAGAAUGUAAACAAACUGGUGAAAUGACUAGCAAUUUGUGAAAAAUGCAAUAAUUUUUUUUCAAUAAUUAUUAUGUUCUGAUUAUCAAAUACUUUAUUUCAUAUUAUUUUGAUUUUUUUUUAUUAUUUUGAAUUUUCUGGGGUUUUCUUCUUCUUCAGUUUUUUUUUGGUGGUUGGCAAACCAAAUUAAAGGUGCAUUACCACCACCGACUGGACUGGAGUGUAGAACAGUACAUAUUGGGGUUAAAAAAAAAAUUAGCUUUUCUGUUUCUUUUAAAUAUUUGAUAAUUUUGGGGAUUUUGUUUUUGAUUAGAGUUUUUAUUUCAAUCCUCGGUUGGUUCAGCAACACGUGCCGCCAUUUUGUUUUUCUCUACUCAAGGUAUAUGAGCUGAUAUCCUAGGGGUAGAGUAGCCAAUCAGAGCACAUGAUUGCUCAUAUCCAGUGAAUGUGGAUAGAAUAAUUUGUAUUAUUUAGUCAGCUCAUCAUAAACUCAUGAUGUUCUACACCAGAUGAGUUUUCUCUACUUUUACUCUUCCAGUCAGCUUUUUGCAACACACUCAAUUUCCUGUCAUUAAUAUCCGGACACUUUUAUACUAUAAUUACAAACAAACUUCUCCUUAUUGUGUUACUUGAACAUUUUUAAAUCAUGAUAAAGCAUUUUUAUGUGUUGAAUAAUACUUGAAACAUACUGUAUGACUUACAGGAUACCUGAAAUAUCUGUCAAAACUUAACAUAUACUGUCUUGAAAAUGUGCAAUUAAACUAUACUCACUGUGUUUAAA